AUGAAUCUAUAUAAUAAACCACUUUUGGAGGUAAAAAUUCCUCGUGUAAUAAUUGUUACUUUUAUUUUCAUAAUUUGGAUUAGAAAAACAAAUCAACAGGUAAUUAAUGCAUGCACAAUAGGAAAUAAUCCCUGUACAGAAAAUGCAGAGUGUUACGUUGAAACUUUAUUUAUUGGCGCUCCCAAAUGCAGAUGCUCUAAUGGUUUUCAAGGUGAUGGAUUAAUAGGAGGCACAGGAUGCCAGGAUAUUGAUGAAUGCGUACUAGGAAUUCACACAUGUGAAAUCAAAACUCAGAGGUGUGUUAAUACGAUAGGGAGCUAUGAAUGUGAAUGUUUAAGUGGUUUUAGAAAGCAUGAACACCGUUUAAAUGUGUGUGUUGAUAUUGACGAGUGUAUGGAGCUAAGUGUUUGCCCAAGCUCCACAUUGUGCAUUAAUACUGAAGGGUCAUUUAAAUGUGAAUGCCUUGAUAGAGAGUUGAUAUUUGACCAAGGAAGAUGCCGUCCCAUAAAUAAGUGUACAGAUUUUAAUGGAAGAUUAAAUGACUGUUCUCAAAAUUGUAUUAUGGGAAAUGAUGGACGUGGAAAAUGUGAAUGUAACCGUGGAUUCAAGUUACAUGAAGACGGAAAAACAUGUAUAGAUAUAAAUGAAUGCGAAGAGAAUAACCCAUGUGACCUUAGUAUUUCGAGCUGCAUCAAUACUCCAGGUAGCUAUAUUUGUGACUGUUUUAGAUCCGCUGGAUAUAUGACAUCCCCAAUAAACAAUAAAAUUUGCAUUAAUAUAAAUGAGUGUGAAGAAGAUCCAAUGAUAUGCGGCGACUUAAAUAUGUGUUGUAAGGAUUUAGCUCCUCCAGAUAAGUACGAGUGUGCAUUUCCAAGCAUUAAUUCAGAUGGAGCUAAUACAAUCGACUUAAAUAAUCAUUCGAAAGAAAGCGGAAAAAAUAUAGAAAGUGAAUUUAAAAAUUGGGAAAAUAAAUCUAAAGAUUCGCAAAAUAAUAUAAUUCCAAGAAAAUGGAAUGAGGUUAACAGAGAAAACGGUGGUAAUACUAAUCCAAUUCCAAGUAAUGAUAUUAACGGAUGUUAUGAAUCUGAUAUUGAGUAUCCAGGAUAUACUAUUCAAAUUAUACACUCAUUAGCAACAGCGUUUGAUUGCCAGCUACAAUGUCAAGUCGAUUUGGGAUGCGACUUCUUUACCUACGAUAUGUUGAACAGAGUGUGUUUUUUUAAAGCAGCUAAGUCCCAACAAAAGGAAUCCCCUGGGAUGAUUUCUGGCCCUAAGUACUGUAAUUAUAAAAAAAUAAAUAAUAAAAAUAAGUUAUUUUCACUAGAUUCAACUUCAAGUCAAUCAUCUCUUCUUCGUAGGAUGUCUUCAAAUAACAAUUCGAAUAAGACAAACCAGUUUUCUGAUAACAAAUGCCCUUCAGGGUUCAACUUUGCAUAUGAUAUUUGGAGGAGACAAAAAAAUAAAAGAACAAUGGAGGUAAUACAAAAACAAUUUGGUACUAGGCAAAUAAAUUCAAUUAACCCUACUGACAUAUCAGAAGGAAUACAAAGUAAUACUAAUUUCAUGGCAAAACAGAUAAAUCAAUGGUAUGAUGUAUUUUCAAACGUUCCAAUUACAUUUUCAAAUACAACAAAACAGACAAAUAAGUCUGUUCCUAAACUCGAAUCAUCAAAUAUUAAUCCUGGGUUUAUUGCGGGUGGGAUUCCACCACCUCCAAGAGGUACAUAUCCUCCCUACAACGAAUACUAUCAUUUUAACCAAUACCAAGAGCAGAAGAGUCAAAUUCCACAUUAUAAUCAUGGCUCUAAAACUCCUAUAUAUGGAAUGAAAUCAGAUAAUUCAAGCGUAUGA